AUGGCGCCAAAUGGAACUGCUGCGCUGCCAAAGCGCAAACCAACGGAGAAUCAAUUCCUAUUCGACUUAGGAAAGCGAGGAAGAAAGACUGGUCUUACGCUGCCCGAUAAAGGAAUUCGAGACGAGAAUGGAUUCGAGCCUAUAGAUGACCUAUUCUCUUCGCCCGCAAAACCUUCCAAUGGCAGACCAAACAAAAUGAACGGUGUACAGAAGAACGCCAAUAGGACUAUCUCAAGCGAGGAGGAUAUGGACGUUGGCGAGAGUACGAUACCAGAACCUGAUGAAGUCCUCGAAAAGCGAGCAAGUAUUCGACUCCCGCCACCGCGAUCCAAAUCACCAAUCAAGACAUUUCUACAAUCUCCUGCCCGAAGAAACCCAUCCAUCGCCCCUGUUUCAUCACCAACACGAGGCACCAUCGUCGCACCAAGGUCGGCCUCAGUAUCUGCAUCUGUGCGGCGAAAGCUGGAUUUCUCAAAUGCCACUGAUGAGAACUCCGUGGAAACUGCUAGCGCGACAAAGAAACGAGCAGCCUCAGCCCUCCCUCUUGUGGGCAAACUAACCAACGGCAAUCAUCUCCAAAGCCUCAAGCAACCGCGCUCUUCGGACGAUAGCGUAGAAGAACUCGAUACGGCUGUAGACUAUGGCACUGCAGAUAACGGCGAAGAUUCAUUUCAAUUGGUCAACAAUGAUGGUGAGGACGACUUUCAAAUGGUUGAAGCUGAGGAUGAUGCGGAACCCGAACCACGAGAUGCAGAGCCAGACGAGGAUGACGAGUCUGAGAUAUCCGAUAUUCAGCCAGUAAAAAAAGGAAAGCGGAAAUCACCAAUUCUUGACGAGCCAGUAAACCCUGCGAAGAAGAGUCGAGGCGCACGACCAAAAAAGGCCAAUCCGGCCCCUGUUGAAGAAGAGGAAGAAGAGCCAGAGGAAGCCCAAGAAGAGCAAGAACCGGAACGGCCAGCCAAAAGAGCCCGACGUUCUCUCGACAAAGCCCCAGAAGCUCCCAAAACUAAGGGUAGAACGAAAAAGACUGCUCAAGCUGCGGGACCUGCCCCGGAAAAGCCAUCUAAGAAGGCAGCUGGAAAGUCUCGGCAGAGUGGUGAAGCUUCGAAUGCCUCAAAAACAAAGGCCAAGGCCCCGAAAUCAGCAUUAGCCACUAUAUCAGAAGACUCCCCCGCAGUCAAGCGCGGUCCUCCCUUGCCUAGAAACAACCGCGGACUCAUCAUACUACGCCGGGAAACUCCAGCUCUAAGCACCGGAUUCAACAUGACUCGCUCUGGCCGAAAUUCCAUAAAGCCUCUCGCGUUCUGGAGGAACGAGAGAGUCGAAUAUGCCACGGAGUCUCAAGACGAAAUCGAAGACAGUUAUGGUAAAUUCUUGCUACCUAGAAUCAAGGAAGUACUCCGCACAGACGAGGUUGAUGAACGAAAGCCUCACCGGCCGAAGAGCAAGGCGAAGCCAUCUAAAAGCAAGAAGCGUGCAGAGCCAGAGCCAGAAAAGGAGGAGGAAGUUGAGCCUUGGGAGGCGGCACCUGGUCGCAUUGAAGGCGUCGUUAGGGCAUGGGACCCGGAAGAUCCAACAGGUCAGGAUACCGAAGACCAAGAACAAGAGAUUGCUUUGUCUUCAGCUGCAAUCAUUACCCAAGUCGUAAAAGACGGGUCUUUCAAAUUUGCCAAAACACUCACGCUACCUUUCUUUGGCUCUGGAAUACUUGAUUUUAGGCCAGGCGACAAGAAGAAGUCUAAGUGUUCGAGGAAGAUGCAGAUGGUGUUCUUUGUGCAUUAUGGACGCGUGCAGGUCACGGUUAAUGAGGAAAACGUUUUUAGGAUUGGAAAGGGAGGCAUGUUUCAGGUCCCGAGAGGAAACUUUUACACCAUCGAAAAUGACUAUGAGCAGCCGGCUAGGAUCUUCUUUAGUCAAGGCUGCGAGGUUGAAGUGGAAGAAGAAGUGCUGCAGGAAUGA